UCUGCUCGCAAAACCCCGGGGGGUCGGGAUCGUCAACGGUGGAGGCGGUGUAACCUGGGUAUUCUUCGAAUUCCUCCAACCCGGUGUGUUUCAUUUUUUUUUUCCCCCGAGUGUUGUGAAUAUACCAAGGCGUGCUCGCUUCGUGGCAGCUCGUUAUAACCACCAACCCGAGGUAUACCCAGGCUCGCCCACCUUUCUCCGUGCGCCGCCUCCGUUGUACAGUGCGCCGGACCCCCUCCUCAAAGGACAUCACGGGGACAACAACCGGGUCGUCCGAACCUAAACCUCAGCCAUGGGCAUUGUGGCUGCGUGCGAAAGGACUGUGAUCACCGUUCAGCUGUGGUUGCUUCACUUUUUGGCAAGACUGCUGACCAUGAUAUCACUCAAGUUCCUGUACAGCAGUCCUCUGGGCGCCCUGUUGACGGGUGCCGGGCGCAGCGGCAAGUGCCCCGAGAACGACGACCAGGUGCUGCCGGCUGAGAGGGACCCUGCGGUGGCUGGAGACCCCGCCUGGUCCUCGUACGCCGCCUCCAUACCGCGCGCGCAGAGCUACAAGGGCGUCCUGCUGCAAGGCUACCUGCUCCACCCGCACGUCAUCCGGGGCCUGGCCGACUUCAAGAUACGAAACGACGAUGUCUUCAUCGUCACCUACCCGAAGUCUGGCACGACGUGGAUGGAGGAGAUUGUGUCGCUCAUCAUGAACGGCGGUGACCCCGACCGGGUGAAGAACAAGCUGCUCGUGUACCGGGUGCAGCACCUCGAGGUGGGACCCCCCGUGGGCCACCUGUGGCACCUGCGCAAGACGCGCUCGCCGCGUCUUCUCGCCACGCACCUGCCACUCAAGCUCAUACCGAAGCAGCUGCAGCAAGCCAAAUGCAAGAUAAUCUACGUGGUUCGGAAUCCCAAGGACAACGCGGUGUCCUACUUCCACCACCACAAGAUGAGCACGUUUCUCGGCAACUUCAAGGGAUCCUGGGACGAGUUCCUCGACCACUACAUGUCCGGCCACGUUGUGUAUGGCUCAUGGUUCGACCACGUGCUCCCAUACUGGAAGUUCCACCUGGAGCGGCCCGACCGCGUCAUGUUCGUGUCGUUCGAGGAACUGAAGAUUGAGCUGGGCUCCAUGGUACAGCGCAUCAGCCAGUUUUUGGGCAGGCCACUCGGGCCCGACGCGUUGGCCGCCGUGGUCAACCACUGUUCCUUCGACCAGAUGAAGAACAACAACAUGGUCAACCGUGAGGUGCUGCCCAUCUCGGACCUCUUCGACAUGACGCAGUCGAAGUUUAUGCGUAAAGGCAUCAUCGGUGAUUGGAAGAACUACUUCACCCCUGAGCAGUCUGAAUCAUUCGACCGACAGUACGCCGAGCGCAUGGCGGAUAGCGGCCUGGACUUGGUGUUCGAGCCACAGGACGCCCUGGAUCGCAUGCGCAAGUUCGGCCGCAUCAUCGUAGACCCCGAGCCGAAGAUGAACUGGGGCAGCCGGGACGGCACCGACUCUAACGCCAACAACGAGGAAGAUAAGGAGGUGGACAAUUCGGGCAAGCGACCCUUCCCGUGCUUUUUCGACUCGCCGCCACUGCCGCGUCGCCGCGAGGCGGCACUACACCACCCUUUCAUGACUCCCGACCCGCUCACGCUGACGGGCUAGGUGGAGGCGUCGCCCGCAUCGGCAGCUUCAUUUCGGCGGGAGCAACAUGAACUCUUAGGCCUAGUGGCUGCGAGUGGCAAUGCUGUGGACGAGUGCCUUUUCGCUAAAGCUGAAAUGGAGUGGCAGCGAGUGCGUGCAGCGGCUUAGUCGUGCCACAAGGCCUAACAGGAGCAGAGUGCAGUGCUUCUUUUUUUAACAUUAUUUUUUGUCUCAUUUGUGCUUGCCACUGCUGACGCGGCUGGUGACAUUGUACCUGCAGCGUUGUUCAUCGUCGUUGCAUUUGCGUGCAGCCGUAGGCCUAUCGCUUCACACCUAUGCGUGUCGCUGAUAGGCUGAGUUUAGGCCUAACACUUAGGCCUAACAGCGACAUACGUACACCAACAACGUUUUUCUCCUUUUACCACCGGUGGAAUAGGGAGCGAUAGGAGUAAGUCGUAUGCCUGGUGGCCUCUGACCGGCGCCGUUAAGCCUAGCAAUAGGUGCACCUCCUUGUGAGUCUGGAAGCUUUCAAUGUCCUGUAAAACCCCCCCCCCCCCCCCCCCAAAAAAAAAAGUUUGGAACAUUUUCCAAACAUUCACGAAAAAGCCUGAAGACUGUUUUUGAGUGAGCUUUUCCACCUGUCUCUCUGCAUGUGUCAUUUACAGCUCAGACUUUUUUUUUUGCUUUCCAAGAACCAGAAGUCAUCUAGCCCCUAAUAGCACAAUUGUAGGCACAGCUUUCUGACCAUCUUGUAUACAUGCGAGCUGCUUAAAACGAAUGCUUUCAACAUAACACUGAAUAUCGCAGUGAUACUCCAGAUAUCACAAGAGCGUUUUGUACACAGAGGUCCUGUAGUCUACAACAACCAAUAACUAUACUAGAUCAUGCAAAAAAUAGUCAAGGGAAAGGAAUGCCUUUAGAGGAGCCAUUUUGCACCUUCCAUGCAAGCCUAAAAAAGGGAGAACGGAAACAAAAAUGUUGCUAAUGACAGGAAGUUUCACGCAAAAAGUAAUGAUGCAGGGACCAAAGACAUCAUGUUUUUUACUGUACAUAGAAAGUGUGCUAGCGUGUCGCAUGGGCAAGAUGAUUCACUCCUGACCAGAACUGCGUGCUGAGUUUUGCUUUGUGUCUUUUGUUUGUGUGCAUCUGGUCUUGUGAUUUGGAUUUUGCAUUGCCCCGUGUGCCUGCUCUUUUUUUCCAUUCUGUGGGAAAAUAAAGUAAUUAUCAAGCAUUCUUGA